AAAACAUUUGACCAGUAGUGUAAAUGUUGGCUUUACCUACUUUCACUGAUAGUUUAACAGUUUGUGUGAGUUGUUGGAAGGGAAACAAAAAUAUCAUUUUAUAAACAAAUGCACUGCAUGAUGCCAGUUUUGCACUUUAUGUGGGAGAAUAAUGUGAAGGACACUUCAUGAGAUUUGCCUAUCAUACAAAGUAUACAUAAUCACUAUCGAAUAACCAGCUCAGAAUAUAUACCUAAAACAAGUUUUCAUCUUUCAUUUAAUGGUUAUGGAGAAUAAACCUGUUAAUAAAACAACUCUUAUUUUAGCUUUUAUGUUUAUCUUUAGUUUUCUGUGCCACAUCUUUAGUUUUCUGUAGUAUACGUAUAUUAUAAUUAUGAGAAUGCUCAACAAGCAAAAUAGAUAGCAAUUAUAUAUUUUUUAUGGAUUUAUAUUUAAAACCGCAGUGGCUCGUAAUUAUUUUCUGGCUUUUAGACAAGUAGCAUAGAAACUCAACCACACCUAAGUAUUGCAUAAGGUGGUUAAAUAUUUUGCUUUGGUGCCUAGUGACACCUCUGUAAUUUAAAAUGGGUAUUUAAAGCCUCUUCUCCUUCAACAGUGGAGAAUUCUUAUUUGAAGUCUUCUGCAGACACGAAUCCUUAGUACACUAAACACAUUACUGAGAAAGCACAUUGCAUUUUACACCAUUCCAAAUGAUGGAUUCUGAAAUUUCGAUCAUGUUUCAGUGUCCAUCAUCUCAAGGCCUGACAGAAGAGGAAGUCCAUGUUGAUCUUUCACCCAGGUAUAAUCGCUGCCGGCUGCCUCAGUAUGAGCCACAGAUUGAGGUGAUUUGGCAGCAGAAGUGUUCGGAGAAGCCAUGGUUGUUCAAUGGCUCCAAGUUCAGAAUCCACUCGGUUUCUCUUAAGCGAGGGAUAUUGUACAUUCGCUUGGGUCUAACCUGCUAUCGGGACUUUAUUGCUACCAAUUGGGCCUUAGAAGCACCAUUUCUACAACAGCAAGGUUUAAAGGAUCUUGGAAAUUCACAGGCUUAUUUGGCAGAGCCACUGGGUGUAGGCGCCAUGCUCCAUACUAUAGAUGACAAGUUUGUUUUUCUCAGACGCAGUCAACAAGUUGGUGAGGCACCAGGCCAGAUUGACAUUCCUGGUGGGCAUCCAGAACCUAAGGCAGUUGCACAAGGCAUUCCAGAGGAAGCAAUCCACUUGGAACAUCUUUCUCAAGAUCUUGUUGUGAAGGAGUUGUUUUUCUCUGUGAUGGCAGAAAUCAGAGAUGAGGUAAACAUUCCCUUGAAUUUCCUGAAGAAGCCUAUUCUAAUGGGUAUAGCACGCAACAAUACCAGUGCUGGCCGUGCCAGUGCUGAAUUUUAUAUCAGGUGUGCUCUCACAGCAGAAGAGGUGAAUCGAUUUUAUUGGGAAGGCGGACCAGAGGCUCAAGAAUCUACAAAUAUCAUCUUUCUUAAAAGGGAGGAAGUCCUGCGACUGGAGAAUUCCCCGAUGUGGUCUGAACUAUGUCCAUCCGCAAAGGGAGCUGUGAAACUUUACAAUCUAGUUCAGCCAUCACCGAGAGACUGAGCAGAAGGAUUUGCAGAGACCUUUCAGAAGGACAAUUUACUGAAGAUCUUGAAAUAUCUGUGUUUGCGGUGGAGACAUGAUGAUGUUUUUUAACAUCCGUUUUCAAAAACUGCAUUAUUCUGCAGUUCUCCAGCAUUAAGCAUACAACUGUAACUGUAAUAUACAUCUCAAUUAUAGAUUAAUUUA